AUGCCUGGGAGUAACUCUGCUGAAUCAAUUCUCACCACUUCUAGCCAAGGGUCUUCAAAAACAACUGAGACGCGCCAGGCAGAUGAGAGUGAGGUAUUUACCAGAAUGUCCUACUUGGCAAUUGAGACCAACACCAAUGCUUCAUCAUCCCGUGGAUCUCGGCCACCCCAAAAGAGUGUACUACGAACAGUAUUUAACAUCCCAUGCCUUCUGAUAAUGGCCUUUGCCUCCCUCCCAAGAGCCUUCAUAAAGGCCUGUAUCUCCAUAAAAGACCUAAUCACCUUGCAGAACGGCAAGAAAUUCUUCAAGAUCCUGUUGUUGCUGGUUCCAAUCAUUUAUGCAGGUAUUUACUGUGUUGGCUCACUAUCGUCCAGGAGAUUAGCAGAGGGACUAGCAUCACAGGAAACGACAGAGCUACACGAAACAGAGCUGAAGUCACUGUGGCAGUCACAUACUUUAUUGGAAGAAAAAGUCCAUGAAAUAGAACAUAUUAAAGAGCAGGUGCAGCAUCUGCGUGCAGAGAUCAAUGGUGUGAUGGAGGGCAUCCUGCAUUCUGUUCAAGAAAUCCUGGAGGAGAGUGACAUCCCAGGAGAGAACAGGGAUCAAGUGCUAGAGAUGAUAAAUGUAGCAUUUAAGAAGGUUUAUGAGGACCAUAUCCAGAUGCCUGACUGGGCUCAGAAAUCCAUAGGUGCCACCAUUGAUACAGGCAGAACAUCUAAGAGUUUUGAACUUGGGAGAACAGAGGGGUGUUGUUUUGGUUCAUGGUUCUUUUCUUCUGCAAACCCUCCAGAUACUAUUUUACAGCCAGACGUUCACCCUGGAAACUGCUGGGCUUUCCAAGGAUCUCAGGGGCAGGUAGUAAUUAAGUUGCCUGAAAAAAUUUACCCAACCGCUGUUACACUCCAGCACAUCUCUAAGGCAAUCUCUCCCUCUGGAGAUGUAACUAGUGCCCCAAAGGAUUUUGCUGUAUGUGGACUGGAUGAGGAAACUGGGAAAGAAACUCAACUGGGAACUUUUAUGUAUGACUCAGGAAAAGAGACCAUUCAAACUUUCCAACUGAAGAGUGAACUUUCCAAAUCUUUUGUUUACAUAAAAUUCAAUGUGCUGAGUAACUGGGGCAACCCAGAGUACACUUGUGUUUAUCGAGUCAGGGUACAUGGGAAGAUGACAGACAAGAGCUGA